AUGGGAAACAAACAAUCGAAGAUAAAAACCCCUUAUGAAAUUUUAAAUAUUGAACCUACAUCUACAAAGAAUGAAAUCAGAUCCGCAUACAUAAAGCUUAUGUUACUACAUCAUCCUACGAGACAGAAGAAAUCGGAUCCACAGAAGGCAGUAGAUAUUACUAAUGCUUAUACAACUAUUAAAAGUUCCACACCUUUAUUUGAAUAUUAUACAGAGGAGCUGUUUAAGAAAGAUUUUAUGAAAUAUGCAGCAGAUUUUUAUGAAAGAAUAGGAGACUUCUGUGGAAUUGUUUCUCCUGAUUUUAUCACAAAUUACAUUGAAUUGGAUGAUAGAAUUGUAAAGGAAGAUACAAAAGCUUUGAAAAAGCCUGUAACAUCGUCCGUCACAGUCGAGAGGAAACCAAAUAUUAAACCCUACUGUUGCAAUGAAUGUAAAAAGAAUUUUAAAUCUAAAAACCAAUUGAUAAAUCACUAUAACAGUAAAAAACAUUAUCUAGCGGUCGAAGAAAUGGUAGAAGACCCUAAACUAUUUGUACAAAGACAAAUUCAAAGUAUUGAAGAUAUUUCUUUUGAGGAAGAGGAAAGUAAAAAUUUAAAAGAUGAGAUUACAGAUAUAUUUGAACACUUGACCCUGCAAAAAAAACUUAGCUCUUAUGAAGAUGUACUUUAA